AAAAGGAAAUAUCUAGUACACUGUUGCUGAAAAGCAAAUACUCUUUUAUGGAUGACAAGGCAUAAUUAUUUCACAUAUACACGUUCCAAGCUAAUAAUAUUUUCAAAAAUGAAUUAAUUUGUGAGAAUUAGAAACAAAUGGCUAUUGUCUAUCUAUUAUAACCCUGCACACUGUUUUACCCAGAAAGUUUCCUUGGAGAAAAUUUAACAUAUCACAUAUUUUACAUGUAAGUAGAGAUACUGUAUACUUUUCAUUACAGUUAAAAAAUAUUUCUUACAUUGAAAAUCAUGUGAAUCAUCAAUUAUACAAAUGUGCUAGUCUCAUAGUGUCUUGGCUAGUCAAAAAAUAUCACAAUCAAAUUUAUAGGCUGUUUUAAUUACAUUACAAAAAAACAACAUAAGUCACUAUGUUACAGAGUCAAGUUGACCCACAAAUCAUAUACCUCCCACCAGAAAAAUCUAAAACAUAUUUUAUUUUAUAAAGCUAGUAUACCCUAUUUUUGUACCAUAAAUUCAAACUAAACUUUCAUGGCAAUCCAUGAUUCAUUAGUUUUCUAGUAAAGCCUACACAUUUCUGAAUAUUUAAUUUUAGCUUUAAGAUAGUGAUUUUACCCCCUUCCUGUUUCCCUCCAAUCCCUAAUAUUCAUCGAACACAGGUUUAGAAUCCCUGGGCUAUUUAUGUUUUAUUGCAGGUCAUUAUACCUGCAGGGUAGAUGAGUUAAGUACUGAUUUUUAAUUCUAAACACACAUAAUUUGUUAAUAGUAGACAUGUCUACAUAAUAAAAUAAAAAAAACUCUGAACAAUCAAAUGUAUUUUUUUAGUUCAAAUGGUAAGCUCUAAUUUUAUAGGGAUCAAAAGAAAAUAUAAUGAAAAUGAAACUCACAUCAUCUGGGAAAUCUGCUGCUUCAGGGCCUAAUUCUGAUCUAAAUCCUCUUCUUAACAUAAGUUGGUCAGGAUCACCCAAGCCUCCUCCGACACAAAAUCUGGCUCUGUGUUUCUGGAGAAGGCUUGGGUUGGAAAAUGUCAUAUUACAGUCAUAGCAUCUCCAGUUCAUUGCCAGGGCAUCAUCCAUCAUGAAAAUAAUUGCACUUUUAAAUUUGAUCAAAUGUAAAAAAAAAACAAAAAAACUUUUAUCUUUAUGAAUUUUUGUCUUUGAGUGCUGUAAAAAAAAGAGGAAAAUAGCAGUAAAUUAUUGUCAAAAAUGAAUAGUGCAUCAAGAAUAAGUAUAGACAUAAUUUAAACUUUUUUUUGGUUAAAUUUGUAAUCAUUUAAAAAUUAUAUUGAUUUUUUAUUUGUACUUGUAAAUAAAAAAAAUACUCCCUCAAUUCAUUGACUAAGCCAAAUUUGAAGCUUCUCAUUCUAAGAAAUGUUGACAAGGUACAGGUAGGACCAAUUAACAACUUUCAUUUCAAAUACUAAUAAAAUUAAAAACACAAGAAUUUUCUAGACAUUUCACAACCUAUUUUUUUGAAAAAUUAUUUGGAUAAACCAGGUUACUUGGGACAUAAAACUCUUCAAAACUAAAAAAAAUAGACAGAUAUGAACGCUUUCUUAUACUGAUUUUUCAAAGUAAAAUGAUAUGCAUUUCUUUUUUUGUUAAAAAUUAAAAUUUCAUAUAUAUUAUUAUAUUAUAAUUAUAAUAAUUAGUUACAUUUGAUAUUUUUUAUAGCUAUACAUAUACAUAAUAUAAAGACACUAGCAAUAUUUAUAACAUCAUGAUUGUUAAUUUCUUUUUCUUUUUAAUAUAAUAAUAUACAUAAAUUUUGUUUCCUUUAUUCAAUUGAUUAAAAUAGAAACAAAUUUGAGGCAGGAAGCACCACUCUAAGCAUAAUACUAAUAAUAGUAUUGUCUCAAGUAAAUGAUUUGUGACAAGGAUUGUGGAUCGUGAAACCUAAUAUAUAAUAUAUUCAUACUCAUAUAGGCAAUAUAGUAUAGGCUAGGAAUCGAAUUUAGGGUAUUUUAUUUAUUAUCAGUGAAUAUCAGUCUUAUUACGGUACUAAUUGACUAAUAAACUAAUAAUAAAAAUUAAUCUUAGUUAGUAUUAUAAGAAAAUAAUAAAUACAAGAUUAUCGUAUUUAAAGUUAACUAUGGCUAACUUAGCUAUCAGUAUAGCCUCAACUUAUAUUAUUUAUUAGUAGAGCCAAGGCCUAACUUAUUUAAUCCUUUUUUUUUUCUUUUUUAAAUUUAUUAAAUUACAUUACAUGUCCUGACUUUAUUCAUUUAAAAUAUGCUUUAAAAUGAAGACACUCACUAAUUUUCAUUGAUAAUUCACUUUUCAUUAUUAUGUGUCAUUUUCCUUUCAUAUUUCAACUUAUUCUAAGUCCAUGUCCUAAUCAGCUAAGCAAAAUGAUUCGAGUUUAAAAUAAUAUACAUUAUUCUCUGUACCUUCAGACGCCAUGAUAAAGUAGACCAUGUUGACAUUAAAAGCAACUUUGUGAUUGGUUGCAAACAUAGCAACGUUUGAGGGAUAGCAUAGUUACGCGACAGGUCAGGUGCAGUUUUAAAUCCAAAAUAUUUUAAUGUUUAUUUUAAACUGUUAUUUAUUUUAAGAAACAUACACAAUUAUUUUGAUUCCAAAAAUAUUAGCAUUAAUUUGGCUAAAUUAAAUAUUAUAUUUAAUCUAAAGAUUUAUAAACUACAAAAUAACUAAGACGUUUUUUUGAGUUGGAUAUAUUUCGAAGUAUUAAUUUUAAUUUUACUAAGGGACCUACUACUGCUGUGACAUGUCAUGUGUACUUUGGAUCAUCACAUGUUAAGAUAAUUAAAAAGUAAAUGUACUUUUGCGCCCCCAAAUGGCUCAAGAUAUUAUUUUAAUUUUAUAAAAUAUAAUCAAAACUUUUAUAUUUGUGAACAUCGAAAAUGCAUAGACUAAACAUAUGAAAAUUAUAGGAAAAAGUGUAUAGGGAAUCUUAAGUCUUCGUUCAAUUUUUUUCCUUGUGAUAAUGAUAAUUUUUUUAAGUACUCGAUUACUUAAACAUUUUGUUUAAAAUCAAACUAUGUCUAAAAACUAUUAAAGAUUACGAAUAAUAUCAAGUUAUUCCAAAAUGUCAAAUUAUAUUUACUAACUAGUAAAAAUUUAAUUUGAUCUUAUUUGCGCCUACUUGUAAUUAAUUGUCUUAUGUUUCCAAAUCAUAUCGAAUAUUUGUUACAGAAUCGACAAGCUUGUGCAUUUGGCGUUAGCGAAGAAAACAUAACCUAUUCCGGGUCAUCCGGGAUUCCCUGUUGGGUUGAUAUCUGCAAGAAACAUUCAAAUGGAGGUUUGUAUCAUGGCGUUAUAUCUACUUAAGUCUACUUCAUUAACACCCCUAAAUGAUUAAAUUGAAAUGUUUUGAUUAAGUAUAACACAAUUUCAUUUAGAUAUUGACGCUUAUCUUAAAAGUAUUUUAAUUUUAUGAUUGCGGUUGCGCUUAUCAUUUGGAUUUGGGUUAGACGGUUAGUUGGACUUGCUAGUUGUUUAAAAUAGUUUAAUAAUGAUUAAGUCUAAGUGUUUCUGUUCGUUUCAACUUGAAGUUUUUCUUGGACUUGACUAGAGUCUUGAUGAUUUACGUUGAUUGUACAUUGAUGAAUGAUUUGUUUUUCGUAGCACUACACUGAGACUGUAGUGUUGUCGAAAUUAUUCACUGCUGCUCAUUUCGGGUUACUGAAGACUGAAGUGAGUGAAUCAGCAAUUAUUAAAUUCAAAGAGUUCAUCAUAAAUCAUAGACCUACUAAUUGACUGACCUAAUCAGAAUGAAAUGCGUAAACAUAAUCUACUAAUCAGAAUAAUUGCCAUUGAGCUAUUGAAUUAUAAUUUUUAAUUAAUUUUAAUUUAUUAUUUAGAUUUGACCGAAUCUAUUUGACUAAUUUAUUAGCAAGUAUUUAAAUUUAUUAGGAGAGUAAAAAUAUAAUUUAUAAAAGUAGCCUAUGUCCUAUCCUAUGUACUACAUUAUAGUAUAUAAUAUUAAACAAUAGGCAUAGGCUAUCACUAUUAAUAUAUAUUAUAUAUAUAUUAUAUAAUAGGCCUACACUACACAUUUACUACAAAUAAACAGGCUGAUUUUGGGUUAGCAGUUACAACGGUGAUGUGUUCCAUGAUAUAGGCUAAUAUAGGCAUAGGCUAUAUUUUGAUAUGUCAUGGAGGUUCCCCCAGGCCCAGGUCACCUUCUGUCUAUACUAGCGACAUAUUCAAAAGAUUUCACCAUUAAUGUCUGUGUUCACUUAUACCGGGUUUUUAAACCUCAAAGGAAAAUAUUCUGGUUUAAAUGUCUUCUAAAUUCAUUCUGAAACACAAGUUAUCAUAUAUUUCCUAAACUAUUGUGCAGACACCCAUUUCCAACACAAUUUAAGCAGUAAUCUCUCCUUUGUCACAGAAGUUUUAACAUACAGGUACUUUGAUAUUCAACUAAUCAAAAGACAGCACUUUUAUUGCACAUAUUUUUUUUCACUGGUGUUGGGUCUUGUGGUAUCAGCAAGCGUGUUACCCAUAUAACUGUCAAGAAAAAAUUUCUAUAGCAUCAAACCAUUUUAGCAAUUUCAUAUGCUUGUCAAAAAGGACAAAAAUCACAGACUAAAUGAAUUCAGAGACCCUUACAAGUAUACAUUUUCUGAAAGUACAUUGGACAAGGUAUCUUUUGGUAUGAAAAGAAUUUGUUUUUAUACUAUGUAUGUUGAUCUUGACCUUUAAAGAGUGAGUAAAAUUUUACUACUUAACUUCUGAAUUCAACCCACCCUAAAUACUUCAUAAAAUGUCAAACUGUCAAAAAAUCAAGUUUUUAAUAUACUAGAAGCAAUAUUCUUUCAGAAAAUGACAAUUUGUAGUUACUUAUAUGGAAAAUUCGGAAAUUGGUGAUUUUCCCAUUCACUACCUUCAAAUUUCUGUCAUACUAAAUACAAGGGGGAAGGCACAAAAUGAGUUCAAAAAUUUCUUUUUAUUUGAAGUUAUUAAUUCAAUUGAUUAAUACUCGAGGACAUAUACAAACAUAAAUAUCUUUGGGGUAGAUCUUUUGGAACAAAUAUGUGUCUUUCCUGUUCGAUAUUCACGCUUUCCCAAACAAAUUUGUUUGUAACAAUACAACUAAGCUGAGGGACAAAAUUGUCAAUAUCUGACUCUUAUCUCGACAUGACUGGACCGCUAGAGCCUAUGCCGUCAUUACUCGCAUGUGGAAUAUUUCUGAUAUCUUUGCUUUCAUUUUGAUAUAUUUUAAAUAAUUCCAAUAAAGAAAUUCUGUGUUAAUUGUGAAAUCCCAAAGGGAGGCCCUCUCCAGCAUCAGACAUAUGGUGGUGAAAAAAUGUGAAAAAAUUUCAUACACGAUUAAUCAUAAAAAAAGUCCCUGAUAAAAGCAAGUAAAUACACUGAUAGUAACAGAAAUAGGAAGCAAACUCAUAUAGAGGGAUUUCCCCUUAAACAAUAUACAUUAAAUCAGUUCACAUUUUUAUUGACAAUUUUGCUAAAGAACUGCCAAUUAUAUCGGCCAUGACACCAUAGUAAGGGGUAUAACGGCAGAUCAUCUGCCGUUAUGACAGUUAUAGGGUUAAUAUAAUUCAUAUUAUCUGUAUCGAUCGUUAUAUUUAGUUUAUGAUGCGGGUAAUGCUCUGUAAAGAACAGGAAAGUUAUCGCACUCAUCGUUCAGGUUCUACAAUUGGUCCUGUGUUGGGAUUCCCCAAAGUGAUGUCACUGCACUUAGAGUGAGACUACUCUUGGCAAAACCCAUACUGUAAACCAGGGGUCUCAAACUCAAAUUAUCAGGGGGGCACAGGAGGUAGAAUCUGAGUGAGACUGGGCCGCAUCAAGUAUUCCACACAAAAAAGCGAUUACAAAUUUAAUAAAGUGCAACUGUUACUAUCUGCUCAACCUUUAUUAAUAACAAAUAAAAACAUUAAGGGUUCUCAAGAACUAGUCUUCACUUACUUCCUCUUACUCCUUGUUGCCAGAGACCUGGCAGCACUUCUUCUUACACAGCUGAGCAACAUUUGGCUAUUGUAGGGAGAAUUAAUUUUUAUUUAUUUUUUAAUCAUAGAAAAGGCCUUUUUGACUAACCCUAUUUUGAAAGUGACCAAGCUGUCAGGCUCGGAAUUUCCCUUACUCAUCUCUUGUACACACUAGCGUCAAUUUUAAUAGGUAUUCUUUGAUACUGUGUCAGAUUGCUACGAUUUACACAAUCAUGUUUGGGCAUUACCCACUUUUUUAAAAUUUUGAUAUAAUGUAUAUACAAUGUUCCCAUCGUGUUUCACAAAUCAACACUUUAGCCAUGUUUGUCUCAUAAAAUGUUGUAAAAUAAAAACUUUUAAUCCGAUUUUAAAACGGUUAAUACUAUUAUAAUCAACAUCCAAACCUAUACAUGCAUAAUAAAAAUCAGAAUUAAACUAGCCAGUGAGAUUUAACUGAUAUUGUCACGGAGAGUAACUUUAUAGAUAUGAGAAUGGGGAAAACGUGCGGGCUACAUUAACACUAAACAUUGAUGUCUGGUAACGGGCCGUGAGUUUGAGACCUCUGCCCUAACCCAAAUUUUACCAAAUAAAUGACAAAAUAAAUUAAUAAAAAUCUUCAUGAUUUGAUUUUGAGAUUUUUUUUUCUCUUUCUUUUUUAAAAAAAAAUUUAACUCCAUAUUUUGGAGAACCGUUGUUGGUUCAGUAAUGUUUGAUAAAAUGACUAAAUGAUAUCCCAAAUGGACCUUUUUGAUGUCAGAGCAAUUUUGAUACUAACUUAGUGGUGUAAUUUAUGUGUUUGCCAGUCUUUGUUUUUAUGUUCAUUUUAGUGUCAAGUCCAUGUAUUCAAAGGUAGGUUGUUUUAAAGUUCUUGCAAAAAGCUGGAAACUUUUUGACUUGCUUCUCAUGUGCAAAUUUGAAAGCCUUUGCACUCUUCACACCUUUGAGCAAAGGAUUAAAAAAUAGGUGACUAGAUCAAAAUAACGUCCAGAAGAUAAUAUGUACAGUUACGCUAACUGUCUAGCCACUUCUAUCCACAACAUGCUGGGUGUUUUUCCACUAUUACCGGCACGAUGCAGUGUUGUCAGAAUUUUUUUAUUUUGUAACAAGGACCACACUAAAAAUUAAUUAAUUUAUUUAUGGCGAUCCUCAAUACCCUUAAGAUUUUCAUUUUUACCUCGCUUGGGGUAAUUUAAUCAGGCUGCUGACCCCUGUUAUAAAAAGUAGAUUCAUCUUAUUCACUGGAGUCAUGCAAUCACUUCAGUUUCACUGAACCACUAUUAAGUUAGUAAUGCCACAUGUUUGCAAUAUUACUUUAUUUAAUUAUUUUAAUUUGGUAUUUAUCAAGUUUAGGUUUAGGGCUACAAAUUUUAGGGAGGAGGAGGAGGCUACAUCAGUUAAAUAAUACUGACUUUAAGAAGGGCCUAUCCAUCUGAGAGAGAACUAGUGUUUGGGAAAAGUGAAUUAAAAGUGUUGGGCUUACUAGACUGGUACAUUUUAAAAUAUGCCUAAUCAUUUUAUGUGCAGGUCAACGUGAUUGACAGCAAGUCAGGGAAGUCAGUUGCGACUCUUGGUGGGGUAAGUUGCUAAUUUUGUUUCCUAUAAUAGGCUUAGCUAGCAAUAUUUAGAAAUAAAUGUUAGCUUGCAAUGCAACCAAUUUUAAAAUUUGGUCAUUCACUGGUAAAUUGAAUGUUUAUAGUAACUUUAUAUUUAAUGAUUUUUGCAGAAACUUUGACCACCACUGAAAACACAAAUUGAAAAAUAUGAAGCUAUAUAUAAUUUUAAAUAUUCACUACUUCUCCUAGACUAUUGUUUUAUCCGGCGACCCCACAUAAAUCUCUUUGCAACCCCACGCCAAUUUUUAAAAUCAGAUUUUAACUUUUAAUAGUCUUUAUGAUUCAAAUAGAUAGAUAGUCCUGGAUGAAGGGCAAAAUAUAGUACAUCUUGCUUUUUUAAAAAAUGUUAAUGGUUACAUGAUUCGACUUAUCACAUUGAAUAAACACAGCCUAAUUCUACUAUUUUGUCCACAUAUUUUGGGUAAUAAUUGAAUAAAAAGGGUGAUUUUAAAUUAACUUCUUUUUUUUUCUACAGCUGUCUCCAAAGUCAACAGUAUUAGAUAUAAAAAAUGAGUUUUCAAAAAUCAGUGAGUACUUCUUUUUAUUUUGUUAAAAUCUUAAGUUUAAAUGUAUGAGAAGACCUAAAGCAUUAUCCUGCUUACUGUCAUAGCUUGUUUACUGUUAUGAUUGUGAGGUGCAUCUGGGAAGAUCUAGUUAUGUUUUUCUCCAUAAAUGUUCUGAUUAAAUGAUUUUCACAGACCUAUUUACCCCCAAACUCUUAAAAUCGUACAAUAUCAUCACAAAAUCGUUAAAUACAUUAUCUUAAUAGUAAAAAAUAAACAAAAGUAUAAAUAGUGUAUACACCUCAAAAUCGUACAUUGUACGCCAAAAUCGUAAGAGUAAACAGGUCUGUUUUCAACCAAACAGUAGAAACCAUUUUAAAAUAUAGUUGACUUAAUUUGUGUUAAAUUAAGUAAUUUUUCAAAUCCCAUUUUUUAUUAUAGAGCCAAAGUAUUACCCUGACAGACAAGCAUUCAAACUUGAUAUUAGUAAGUAUAUGAUCUUACAUUUUUUGCCUUCUAAGUGUUUUAAAAGAAGUAACAACAAGGUUACUUGCAUAUCCUAAGCUCGGAUAACUGGUUUGUUACAUUUUAAAAUAAUGCUUUAUAUUCUAGGAGGCAAAAUGCUCAAGGAUGAAGAUACACUUGAAAGUCUCAGCAUUGAUAAUCAGGGCAAACUAUUUUUCAAAGAUCUUGGCCCUCAAGUUGGUUGGGCCACUGUAAGUAUAAGACAGAAGAACCUUUACUCUUUGAUUGAUAAUAUAUUUUAAACUAAAAAGAUAAUCUGACUAGAUAAAAUAGGGCAUCAUUCCAUGUCAAUAUCUAUAUAUGGCAUAAUUCCAUCUACACGAGACGAUGGAAUAGCUAUGUAGUCCUACACUUCAACGAGUGGCUCACUAGGCCAAUCCUAGAAUGACAAUCUCGACUGCAUUUCUCGCAGGAGAAUAUUGAUUCCUGGUAAGAUAUUGACUUCCGUAUUGUUCUUUUUGUUGCAAGGGCCUCAUUUCGCGUAUCUUCUGCCUUUUUUACUCCUUCAUACACUGCUGUUUGCCAGCUGCAUCGUUGUUUGGCAAUGAGCUCCCAUUCAUUUUCAAUAUUAGCUUCCCUCAUGCUCCUUUUGCAAACAAUGUCAAUAUCUAAGGCCAAAAAAAAGAAAUUUAAAUAUAGAUGGUUGAAUACAGAUCCCCACAAUAGUAACCUCUCUCUGCUUUAGAGGACCAUAAAUUUAAGUACUGAAGAGUACUUCUCAGGAAUAUUACAACAGAUUUAAUCUAGUUCUCCUCCCCAGAGACUCUCUGAAAAGAAACAGAGAGGAAUAGUGCCCGCCCCUCAUCUGUUCUAUACAAUUAUAAGUGUAUUGCUUUUACAUCCCACCAAAUCAAGAGAUAUAAGAAUAUAAAAUACAAGAUAAAACCACAGAGGAAAAUGUAUUGAUGUUUUCUAUUUUUAACAAGGGAUGAAUUAUGUUACAAUAAGUUUAUAAUAAAUUACUCCAUAAAUGGUGGAACAUAAAAGAAUGUAUCAACAAGAACAAUAUAUGUCCAAGGUAAAUAAGGAUAGGAUUUGUCUUGUAUUGUACAUUCUGGAAAAUAUUAUUUCUGAUUAUAACUUGUUGAGAGAAUCAAGGUGGGAAAUUCUAAUGCAAUCGAAUUCCCUGACGAUAAUUUGUAGAUAUAAUUAUGGUAAAGAAAGGUUUUAUAGUCAAUUUCUCUGCUUGGUUGUUCUCAAUGGGGGGUGGGGGGUGUGGGGGGGUGGAUCUUACAUUUGAAUUUUAAAACUUCAGUUAGUGAUUUAUGGAAUCAUUUGAGUUAUUGUGGAUUCUCUGGCUACAUUAAAAAAUUAAACUUUUAUUUUCUAAAAAUAAAUCCAACAUAUGAAUAUGUGCUUUCAGGUGUUCUUGACAGAAUAUGCUGGACCUUUGGUGAUCUACCUCAUAUUUUACACUCGACCAGCUCUUGUUUAUGGAAUCGGUGCUAACACAAAGCCCUAUGCUGAUGUUGUGAAGUAAUUGUUUUCUUAAAUUUUUGACCCCUUUAUUUCUGAAUAAUGUACACAAUUUAAAUUACUCAGCUACUUGACCUAAAGCAUGGUCACUUGAAUGACAGUUUUAUAAAGCAAUCGGUAUAAGUGAUUCAACGCAUAUAUACAGAACUAUAGCACCAACUUCUGUAAUCAAUCACUUUUCAGUGGUGGAAAAGAUGUCAUUGUUGGUCAUCCCUUCCUUCAACUUUCAUUUUUUAAUAUCUUAGUGCAUUGUACAGUUUAUUGUUAGUGGUACAUUUUUUUUUAUACCAAUGACCACCUGGAAGUCCUCAGUCUUUUUUAAUCGGUUGGUGACAACUAAGAGGUCAUUGCACACAACUACUUUCAUCUGAUCUGAUUUAUUAGGCUGGUUGUGUCCAACAUUGAUGUUAAUUAAGCCAGCUGUACAUCCAUGUAUGUUAGUAGCUAAGCAUAGACAGCAGGUUUUUUUCUCCCAUGCCAAAUUGGCUACUGUUUUCUUUCUUUGAAGGUUGGGUUUUAAAUUUUAGCCUUUUAACACCUCACCAAGAUUAGUUGCCUUGCUGGGUUGACUUUUUCAACCCUGCCUGUUUCUUUUUGGUGCCAUUUGUUAGGUAUCUAUUUUCCAUGGCUGGGGGGAUGCCCAUGGAUGUAAUUGAACAUGCCAACUUCUGGUCUAAUGUCUAGUGAGAUGCUUUCAAAAAAAAUUUUUUUUUUUAUCAUUUGUAGAAUGAACCUAGAUGAAUGUCAUGGUGAAGUCUGUUUAGUGAAGGAAUUAAUUAUCCUGGUGUCAUUUUGUCAACUUUGACAUAAUUUUUUAAUUUUCAUUGUGUUAAAGAUAAAAAAAUUCUAGAAAUUAGGUUAUUUUUUACUAUGCUAUAUCAAGGCAUGUAAACUAAAUUUAUGCUUUACAGAAUAGCUGCAGGUUGCUGGACAUUCCAUUAUGCAAAACGCCUCCUGGAGACCUUAUUUGUUCAUAGGUUUUCUCACUCAACAAUGCCAAUAUUUAACAUCUUUAAGGUAAGGAUUUGGAAACUAGUUUGUUAUAAUAAAGUGAAGCUUGUCUCAUCUUCUUAAAAAAUCAGAUUUUGAGGUUAUAAGAAUUGUGUUCAGAAACACUAUCAUGGCAAUAAUUUUUGUUUGGGCCUUUGAUUCAAAUACAUUGACAUUUGAAAUGAAGAAGAAUUAGUCACACUUGAUUGCGGUUAGUCAUAUGACUAUGACUGAACUUAUUUUACAUUCAUUUAACUUAUUUUGUGUUAAUCUUACUCUCACCAGAACUCCAUAUACUACUGGGGCUUUGCUGCUUUUGUUGCAUACUUUGUUAAUCAUCCUUUGUACACCCCUCCUGGUAAGUGUAAUAAUUUAGUAUCUCCAUAUUAUUGAUCAUUACCAGCACAUGAGUAUAAUACUAUAAUGUAAUUGAGUUUGGCUGUGGCAAAAGAUACAGGGAGACUGUCCUGGUGGGAUGAGAAAUCAAAAUAAGAAUUUAAAGAACAUAGGCCUAUGUUUGUGUAACUGCCAACUUUGGCAAGUUAAAGAAAUAAAAUAAUAACUUCUGGAUGAUGCACACAGACAUUGAUUUUUGCUACUUCUGUUAAUUUUUAUUUUGCAAUUUUAUUUGAAAAUGCCUUGGUUGCGCUAUAAAUAAUUUCUUGGCAGAAUUUAGAGGCUUAUUUAUUCCCAUAAGUCUUUUUUGACUGAGGAAAGGCCAACAUCAUUUUUAAAAAUAUAAUUCUCUGACCUCAUUAUAAAAAGCAGAGUGUUAUAGCAGUUUGCCUAAAAGUUUAAAAAUGCAUGAUGGGUAUUAUUUAUACUCAUACUUAUCAUUCUUUAUCUAGCCUAUGGAGAAAAUCAAGUAUGGUUGGGACUUGCAGGCUUUGUUGUGAGUAGCUAUGCCUCAGCACAUUUUCAUUUUGGCCUAUGAACUUUUGUCUUAUUGUCUUUAUAACUAUUAAAUUCUUUAAACAACUAAAAUUGUAAGAAAUUUUAUGUGCAAUGUAAGUACUAUUGGGUCAUUAUUUAUUUGAAUUAAGAGUUUGUAAGAGUGGCAUUAUCAAAUAAUUUACUUAUUUAUUAAAAGUAAUCAACAUCUUCUCUAAGGUUAGAAAUUAAAUAUUUCACUAUUAUUGUAUGAUUAAUUUUAACUAUAAAUUAUUUCUAUUUGUUUUACACCAGUUUGCUGAGUUGGGUAAUUUCUCUGUGCAUGUUGCACUCAGAAAUCUGAGGCCGCCAGGUUAGGCAUUCACUAAUUUCAUUUCCCUCCUUAAUUUUAAAAAACAGUUUUAUGAUACCUGUAGUUUUUAGUGAAACUUACCAUGCCAGUGAAAAUUUAAAAAAAAAAAUUGAAAUCUAAGUUAUAAAUGUGUGUUUUUUAUCUGUUAAAUCUUUUUAGUUGCAUUUUUUUUUUCAUUUAUCGCCAAUGAGCUGAUUUCUUAUUCAACUUCUUUUCCUAGGAUCAAAGGAGCGCCGGAUUCCCUUGGCUGGUUUAAACCCAUUUACAUGGCUCUUCAAGGUUGUUUCAUGUCCUAACUAUACCUACGAAGUGAUGGCAUGGACUGGCUUCACAAUAAUGACACAAUGCUUACCAGGUAUUUUUUUUCUUUAAAAAGCAACUGGUUAACUCCUAAUCUGAAUUAAAUAGAAAAUAAAUAACACUCAGUGACAAUAAGACUAAAUAGGUUUAAAGGGAUUUAAUUUAUCAAUUUAGAAUCUGCUAGAUUAUUACUUUUUUUGUGUGUCUUAAAUGGGUGUAGGGCACUUGUGUCAAACUCAAGCCCCACGGGCCACAUCCGGCCCAUGGUAGAAUUAUAUCAGGCCCGCGAAGUCUUGACUGACGUACAAUUUUAUCCAAGUCAACGCUAUGGUGUUUCCCAAUGCACAGUUUCCUGAAAAACUUAGCUUACUUCGCUCCAAGUUCUUUAGUGACUUUGAAGUACAGAAAUGUAAUUUUGAGCUUUCUCAUAACACAUUUGUCAUAGGCGUGGAAACUGCACCUGUUAAUUUGCAGAUGGAGCUAAUGGAGCCGCAGUGUAAUGGGACGCUAAAGGCAAAGUUUCAUUCCUGAAGAUACCCAAGCUUCGUCUACAUGCGUCUCAAACCUUGAGCUUGUUGGGUAGCACAUAUAUGUGUGAGCAAAACUGUUUUCUGUGAUGAAGAUUAACAAAGCAUCACAUAGGAAUCGUUUCACUGAUUUACACUUGCAGUCCAUCAUGAGAAUCUCAAUGAAAAAGAACGUUACUCCCAAGAUAAACGAACUUACUUGUUUUCGUAGCGUAGAAAAUGUGCCACACAUCCAGCUCUGACAAAUCGGCAUAAGAAAGAAAACGGGUAUGCCUAUGUUUUUUUAAAUAUUGAAUGUUUAUCCUGUUCAGCCCGCAACCUUACAUUGUGAUUUGCGAUUUGGCGCACCGAGCGAUUGAGUUUGACACCCCUGGUGUAGGGAAUAGACUUGCUCAAUCUAAAGCACUAAUCUCAUGGUUGGAUGUAAUUUAAUUAUUUCUUUUCUUUUUUUUUUCCCAUAAAUUUCCUAAAAAAAAGUCCUAAUUUGAAUUAAUUUACCUCUACAGCUGGUGUGUUCUGCUUAGCAGGCUUUUACCAGAUGUCUGUUUGGGCCAUAGGAAAGCACAGAAAUUAUAUUAAGGAAUUCAAGGAUUAUCCACGUUCACGUAAAGCAAUAAUCCCAUUCUUGUUGUAGAAACAUAAGAUCACACUGAUUUCAUUGUAUGUUAUCCAUGCAAGUUCAAGUGUGAAUGUGGGAAGAUGUUUUAGUACUUCUGUUUUGUAUUUAUUGUUAUAUAAUAAGAGUUUAAUAUUGCUUAUGAGAUUAUGCUAAUCUUGUUGUCAAAGAUGUGUUAAAGUUAAUAAUUUACUCAUUGUUCUCUUGGGCUUGCUUUUGCCAAAACUAAUUGAAAGUAGUAGUGGUAGGUUAUAUUUUUACUUGAAUGAGUCAAUCAAAAAAAUUUCAGCAUAUUUACAUAGAAAAGCAGACCAAAAUCUAUUUAAUACAGUAUUUUGAUUGUGACCUUACACCCCCAUUCAAAUUUAAAAUAUUUCUAAUUUGUAGUUGAAUGCAGGUGUAAAUAUAUGCUCUUUCGCAUAAUAAUUGAGUAUUGACAAGUCAUAAUAUUUAAAAGUAUAGAUAAAUUCAUCUACCAUCACUGCCAUGUUUCUUUUUAUAUUACGCUGACACAUUUUAAAAGGAUAGCUUCAUUAUAACAACAUUUGUAAUGUUUCUUAAUCUCAUAAUAUGUGCAUAUUUUACUAUUCUAAUUAUUCAUAAUGGACAAAAUUGAUUUUUUUUUUAAUGACAUUUAUGUAGUACUACUAGUAGUAUUAGUCUUGAAAAAACAAAAUGUUUUUUUAAAUUUUUUUUUUAUUUUUUUUUUUUUUAUGAAAACUUUUUUGAAAUUUUGGUUCUUUUCUUAUUUUUUUUCUCAACCUGUUACAGUCACAGAAUUCAUUCAAGUAUAAUAAAUCUAUCAAUUUUAAAAGAUCACAUUAAUUUAUAUCUUUAGCUGCAUUAUACUUAAAAUGGUAUUUGGUAUCAUAUUAUAAAAAGGUUUUCAAGAAUUAAAAAUAUUGUGUACAGGUAAUUUAGGCUGUAAUUUAAGGGUCAUUUUCAUGAACAAAAUCUUUUCAUGUUGAAUAUUUAAAGUUUUGUUUUUUUUCAAAAUUGUUUUUUUUAAAGAUAUUAUUUUCAUAAAGUUAACUCUUCAAACUUUCUGUGAGUGAAAAUAUGUUAUGAUUAUUACUCAACAGGCAUUAGUAUCAACUCAAAAUUAUUAUUUACUUCUUUACUUGGCUGCACUGGUCGCAAACCUUUAGGUCCUCUGGAUAUUUAAUUCUGGACGAGUUUCCGUACAAAUGUAGGAAGAAGUUUCAGAAAUUUAUGAAGUAAUACGUAUAUGAACAUUGCCGCUUAAGCAUUACAAAUAUGUUAUUGUUUGUAGUUUACAUAAUGUAACUGAUCAUUUUCAUAUUGAUCUGAAAGUUUAAAAAACACGCUUCAUCCCCAAAGGCUCGAAGGCGGUACAAAGUCAACAAAAAACAUAUCUAUAAAUAACCUCCAUUCCCCCACAGUUUUUUUUUGGUCUCUGCUCAGCUGAAUUAUACAGCUCAUUUCAGGUUGUCACUCUAAAAGCCUAUUGAUUUAAAAGUUGAAGUAGUAAUUUCGUCUAGUAUUGUGAUUACAAACUUUUAAAAAUUUAUUUACCCAGAGUCGUUCUUUUUAAAAGACUUGUUUUUAUAAUUUAAAAAGUUUGUGCAUUUGGUGAGGAAUAUAUUGUUGGACAGAUUCAAAUUGUGUUGAAGCUUUUAUUUUAUGUUUGUUUUUUUUAAACUUUUGAAUAAAUUAUAAUUAAAAUACUAUUUUAAUUUUG